AUGGGAUCAGGAAGCAGCUCAGCGACAAAAGCAGAGCAGCGCCCCGCCACCUCCCCAAAUGUAGGCAAGACGGCACUAAACGGCUCGGCUGCAGCCCCAACCGUAGCUCGCACGCCUCGGUCUGCUAUGCCCGCUGCGAAUCGGGACGAGGAGGAUCAGAAGGGGUCAAGGACAGCAGCCGCUGGUAAAGAUGAUGAUCACACAAAGAAAACUAAGUUACCUCCCCCUUUGCCAUCCACGAAGACCAAGGAUGAGUUGUACUUGAUUGAGGAUUAUAGUUAUGUCGAGGACUUCGUGCUUAAUGCACCAACUAGUUUGCUGAUUGGCACAUUCAAGGAGCUCAUCAAAUACCUUACAUCUAAUGAGAAAUGGGACGAUGUCGCCAAAGCCAGAGCAAUCUUUCGAUGGGUGACGUCAAUAAAUGUGUUUGAGCUUGUGGUAGAGGAUGAACCUCCGGUACAUUCUCCACUCGAAUACUUUCUCAAGAUCCAGAAUAAUCUGGGAAACCAUGCUCAUCUUGUUUCCGGUCUCUGUCAAAUGGCGGGAAUUCCUUGUGUGAUAAUAAGUGGCAUGAACAAAAGCGCGGCUUUUGAAGUCGGCGGAAAAGUAGAUCGAAAAAGCAUGGGGGCUCAGUGGAAUGCUGUCUUUGUAAAAGGGGAAUGGCGAUUCAUAGAUGCCUUCUGGGCCUCUGCUUGUGUAGUAGGCAAGAAGUCUGGGGAAUGGACGCUGAUAGACUCGGAUGGAAACAUAACUCAGGACGAAGAUCAGACGUCGGAUGGGGAAACACAACACCGUAUCAACGAAUUUUACUUCUUACCCAACCCAGACCAGUUCAUAUGGACACAUUUUCCGGAUGAAUCGCAGUGGCAGUUGUUGGAAAAACAAGUUACGCUGAAGGAAUUUGAAUCUCAUGUGUACAUUAGAGAACGGUUCUACUAUCUUGGAAUGUCUUUCAGCAAAGAGAGUGAGCAGCAGUGCUUACUAACUGCAAAUGAUGGGGCUGUUGUAUUAUCAUUCAAUUUACCCUUCCGUGAUAGCGAGCACUUCCGGUACAAGUAUAUGUUGUACCAAGCCAGAUCAGGCGGUGGUGACCAGAAUUCGGAUAUGGUGUUGGACAGAUUUGUAAUGUAUGAACAUACAGCCGAAAAUCUUCGAUUUGCAUUACGUUUUCCGAUGAAAGGAAAGUUCAAAAUGGACAUUUUCGGACUGGAUGUUCGUGACUCAGACAUUUUUGACCUAACGUGUACAUAUGUGAUCAAUUGUUCAACUCCACAAAAGAACUGCCAACCUCUUCCUGACUGCCCCGCAAUUGGUUGGGGUCCAGGAGCUGACGCAAAGAAGGCGGGACUGACAGCAAAGACUCACGAAGGUGCCGUGAUCACAACGGAAGACGGCGUAGUGGAUAUCAAAUUGGGAUCGCACAAAGAUGUACAGUUACACCAGCUCCUUAAAAACACAGUGGUUGACGAGGCAACGUUAAGUAAGUAUGCUCUGGUUCGAGAAGAGAAUGGCGAAUUCAUAGUCAGCGUUCGUCUACCACAGACAGGCGAGUAUGCUAUGAAACUAUACUGUAGUGACGAAGGCGAGGAAGGUGACGCGGAAAACGUCCUUAAUUAUCUCAUACAAAGUCUAAGCAAUGACAUUAAUAAUAAACCUUUUCCAAACGUCAUUGACGGAAGACUGGGGAAGAAACCAUUGGCAGACAUUAUGGGGGUGAAGGCGAUGAGUCAUACUGACUCCAAGAUUGAUUCAAAAGAUGGAAAGUUGAAAAUGAAUUUUAUUGCCAAGAACAAUUUGGAUCUUCUAUGUGAGCUCCAUACAAUUGACACUGAAGCAGCGAAACAUAUGAGCAUGGUUGUACGGGAAGUAAAUGGCAAAUGGACGUUUGACUGCGACUUACCGGUCGCUGGGGAGUAUUCUAUAAAUGUGUUCGCCAGAGUGAAGAAUGGAGGGCCGAGGGUAUACAAUACUCACAGCUAUCUGAUAACAUCUGUCGGACAUAUAGCAGGCCAGGAAAAAGGAGACGACUCUAAGAGUGUGUCGAGUGACACCGAAGAGAACAAAAUCAUCACGGAGACAGUUCAAACAUCAGAUAGCGAGGUCCUGAUACCUAUUCCCCAUGGGUACGACGAGGUCUUGGCAUCGUAUCAACGACGGCAUGCAAAUGACCUUCCAAACGAAGACGAACUCAAGGUUGUAAAACAGGACUUGAUGAAGUUCUUCAGUGCGAAAAUGUUCGAAUACGGCGAGUACUUACUAGAUCUAUACCAAAGAGAAUCUGGUAGUAGAAUUAUCAGACAUAUAGCUAAGUAUCAGGUGGACAGGAAACCGGCUUCAGAGUUGUUUGAAGACAACGCAAAACUGCUAAUGUCUAAUCUUGGUAUGGUACCAGAAGAGGACACAGCCUCGUAUGGCGAAACAGACGAGGAAAAAAACAGACGGACAGCCAAGAAGAUGAUACAAAGAGCUAUGGAAUUAAAGGAUAUCGAGUUGUUAUCACGUGGUCUAUUCGCAUAUGAAUCUACAGAGCCUCCGGACAUGGACAAGGACCCCUUCAUCAGAAAGGCCAAGAGACUACUGGAACUUUUGCAAGCCAAACAGGAACUGAACAGUGCCUCGUCCAAGAGGGAUCUUAAAGCUCUCGAAAGUGCUAUAGAACGUGCCAAGGAAGCAAAUUAUGACCAUCUGCUCGACCUCCAAAUUGCAAUGGCUUCACGUCUUAAGGAUCAGUUAUUAAGAAUAGAAAAACUACGCCACUCGGUGCUUAAUAUGGACCAGAAAGCUGUCUCUGAGAUCAGAACGUAUGCCAAUCCUCCAGACGGUGUACAUCAGUCCCUCAUGGCGACAUUCUUACUGCUCGGGCAUCCUAGGAAAGACGUGAAAAUCUGGAAGAAUUGCCAGGCGAUCCUGGGUAAAACCGGCAAGGAGUCGGUGAUGAGGAAGAUAUCGCAGUUUGAUCCAAAGGACUGUUUUCUUGAUGUGGCUCUUGCAGCACGAAAAGUCUUAGAACCUUACACUUUGGAGGUAAUUCGUGACGUCAGCGCUGGAGCUGCCACUUUUUAUGUAUGGUCGAAAGGAAUGAUUGAUGUGGUCGAGAACACGGGAGGGGCGCAGGCCAAGGAUGGAAUGGCUGGGGGCGGGUCAAAGAACACAAAGUCAGUAGCGAAAAAGAAGCGAUAG